AUGGAAGCGAUUCGUGAGUUCCCUCCGCCCAACUCUAAGCGUCGGGUGCAAAGAUUCCUGGCCAUGGUCAACUUCUGUCACCGGUUCUUCCUGAACUGUGCCGGCCUCAUGCUUCCGAUCCUCAAUCUGCUGUUCAUCCGGCUUGACAUGAACAGGGACGUCAAAGCCUGGUUCCGGUCGUGCCCGAGUGGCCAACGCAACAAAGUCCAGCGCCACAACAGGUCACAACCCGGCACCUUCCCCAACCUCGACGCUUGCUUCAGGCAUGUGCAUCUCGCUGCUAACGGCUUGGUUGAACGUUUCCACUGCCAGCUCAAAACCGUCCUGCGUGCCGCACAGAGGCCAGCCGACUGGUCUGACAAUGUGCCCCUAGCACUUCUUGGCAUGCGUUUGGCACUGAAGUCGGAUCUGGAUUGCAGCGUGGCCAAACUAAUGUUUGGCACUAGGCUCUGGCUACCAGGUGCGAUGGUCACUCCGAACCUCUUGUGGUGCUGA